UUUCUUUGCAGGUAGCGUUAUCUUAUUUUCCUUGCUGACAGAUAAUUAGCUACAUCUAGCGAGUAAGAAAGCGUUUCACGUUUGCUAACUAGCAAGCAAGCUACCAACAUGGACUAGGACAUGUCCAGCUAAUUUUGAACUGUAGCAGGACAUCCAGAUUAUCUAAAACUUUACAUAGCCUUGGCAAAAGUAGGUAAAUUAACGUAUUAGUUAACGUUAUCAAAUUUUGAUGAUGGAAAAUUAUCACCAACGUUGCGAGUCUUCUGGUCAUGGAAGAGAAAAUAAAUUUAACCGAAAGAAAUGUUUUCCUGGCGGAGUUGGAGCGUCUUCUCAUGGGAGUUAUGGAAGCGACGAAGGGGAAAGAAAGCCAAAAUUUCUGGACCGCUUCGCCAGUAUCCGGAUCCCCGGCAGCCGGAAGGAGCGACCGCACCUGGCCCACGUCAAGCACUCCUCCUCCAGCGACUGGCACGCCUCCUCUGAGUUCCAGGACCUCUCCACCAAAAUCACCUCCGAGACGGAGAUCCUGGCCUUGUUCGAGAAGAUGAUGGAGGAUAUGAACUUAAACGAAGAUAAAAAAGCUCCUUUACGGGAAAAGGACCUCAACAUGAAAAAGGAGAUGGUCGUUCAGUACAUCAUCACAGCCUCCAAAACGGGAGGUCUGAGGAGCAGUCACCAGGUGCACCCUCAGGAGUUCCUGGGGGAGCUGAGGUCUGGGAUUGUGGAUGAGAGGCUGGUGGCCUACCUGGACUCACUGAGGGUUUCCCUGACCAGCAACCCUGUCAGCUGGGUGCAGAGUUUCGGAAAUGAAGGCCUGGGCUUGCUCUUGGACACCCUGGAGAGGCUGCUCCAGAAGAAACACCCGGAACAUAUUGACAAGAAGAGCCAACACAAAGUGAUCCAGUGCCUGAAAGCAUUCAUGAACAACAAGUUUGGCCUGGAGCGAAUCCUGAGCGAGGAGAAGAGCCUGACGCUGCUGGCCCGGGCCGUGGACCCCAGCCAACCCGCCAUGAUGACCGAUGUGGUCAAGCUGCUGUCCGCCAUUUGCAUCGUGGGCGAGGAGAACACACUGGAGAAGGUCCUUGAAGCCAUCACUAUCGCAGGAGAGCGGAGGAACGUUGAGAGGUUCGGCCCCAUCGUUGAAGGUCUCCGCAAUCGCUCUGUGCAAUUACAAGUGGCCUGCAUGCAGCUGAUUAACGCUCUGGUUACGUCUCCCGAUGACCUGGACUUCAGACUGCACAUCAGAAACGAGUUCAUGCGCUGCGGACUGAAGCAGAUCCUGCCGCAUCUGAGCUCCAUCCGGAGCGAGGCUCUGGACAUCCAGCUGAGAGUUCAUGAGGAGCAUCGGGAGGAGGACAUGAUUGAGUUCUCCCACCGGCUGGAGGACAUCAGAAGUGAACUGGACGAUGCGGGCGACGUGUUCAACAUGCUGGUGAGCGUGGUGAAGAGCACGGCCGCGGAGGGCCACUUCCUGUCCAUCCUGCAGCACCUCCUGCUCAUCAGGAACGACUACUUCAUCCGGCCGCAGUACUUCAGGGUCAUAGAGGAGUGCGUGUCCCAGAUCGUCCUGCAUCGCAGCGGUGCCGACCCAGACUUCUCCUACAGGAAGAGGCUGGACGUGGACUUCAGCCACCUCAUCGAGGGGUGUGUGGAGAAGGCUCGGACAGACGAGUACGAGCAGAGAGCCUCAGAGCUAGCGCAAAAGUUUGAGGAAGAGUUCCUGGUGCGACAGGAAGCUCAGGCACAGCUGCUGAAGAAGGAUGAGAAGAUCGGCGAGCUGGAACUGGAGUUACAGGCUUUUAGGUCCCAGUUUGGAGCAGUGCCAGUGGGGAUCAACCCCGCCCACCCUGCGCAGGCCUUCCCAUCAGCCUUUGCCCCGGUGCCUCCGCCCCCCCCGGGCUGCCCCGCGCCCCCUCCGCCCCCGCCCCCGCCUCCCCUCCCCGGCUUCGGCGGCAUCCCCCCCGCGCCCUUCCUCCACCCCUCCGGAGUGCCCCCCCCUCCCCCGCCGGGCUUCAUGGGCCUGGCCUGCUCCCCCCCUCACCGCACCCUGCCUUUCGGCAUGAGGCCCAAGAAGGAGUUCAAGCUGGAGACCGCCAUGAAGCGCCUCAACUGGUCCAAGAUCCGUCCCCAGGAGAUGUCUGAGAGCUGCUUCUGGAUAAUGGCAAAUGAAGACAAAUAUGAGAACACUGACCUGCUCGCCAAACUCGCUCACACCUUCGGUUCACAGAAACUAGCCAGGAAGGAGGAAGAGGACCUGGAGGAUAAGAAAUCCAUCAAGAAGAGGAUCAAAGAACUGAAGGUCCUGGACCCCAAAAUCGCACAGAACCUGUCCAUCUUCCUGGGCUCCUUCCGCAUGCCCUACCAGGAGAUCCGCCGGAUCGUGCUGGAGGUGGAUGAGGAGCAGCUGACGGAGCCCAUGAUACAGAACCUGGUGAAGCACCUUCCUGAGCAGACUCAGCUGAACGCUCUGGUGAAGUACAAGCACGAGUACGCCAGCCUGUCUGAGCCGGAGCAGUUUGGGGUGGUGAUGAGCGGCGUGAAGCGGCUGCAUCCGCGGCUCAACUCCAUCCUGUUCCGGCUGCAGUUCGAGGAGCAGGUGAGCAACAUCCGGCCGGACAUCCUGGCGGUGAGCGCUGCCUGUGAGGAGGUCAGGCGCAGCCGCAGCUUCUGCACCCUGCUGGAGCUGGUGCUCCUCAUCGGCAACUACAUCAACAGCGGCUCCCGCAACGCCCAGUCCUACGGCUUCCACCUCAGCUCCCUCUGCAAGCUGAAGGACACCAAGUCGGCGGACCAGAAGCAGACGCUGCUGCACUUCCUGGCCGAGGCCUGCGAGGAGAGCUUCCCCGAGGUGCUGAAGUUUGUGGAGGACCUGCAGCACGUGGACCGAGCCAGCAGAGUGUCUGCGGAGAACCUGGACCGGAGUCUGAAGCAGAUGGAGCGGCAGGUCACUCAGCUGGAGAGGGACCUGGAGACGUUCUCCUGCCCGGAGGAACCGCGAGACAUGUUCGUCUCCAAGAUGUCCAGCUUCGCCCUGCUGGCGCGGGAGCAGCACCAGAAGCUGCAGCUGAUGCAGGACAGCAUGGCCACGCUGUACCAGGACAUGCUGCAGUACUUCGCCAUCGACCCCAAGAAGACCUCGGUGGAGGAGUUCUUCACCGACAUCAGCAACUUCCGCUCCAUGUUCAUGGAGACGGUGCGGGAGAACGCCCGGAGGCGCGAGGCCGAGGAGAAGCAGAGGCGGGCGCGGGCGGCCAGGGAGAAGGCCGAGCGCGAGAAGCAGGAGAGACAGCAGAAGAAGAAACGCCUCCUGGAGGUCAACACAGAGAGUGAUGAGACUGGAGUGAUGGAUAGUUUGCUGGAGGCGCUGCAGUCGGGGGCUGCAUUCAGAGACCGUCGGAAACGCGCUCCCAGGACGAGAGACGUCUGGCCAAACCUCAGUCCCUCCUCCUCCUGCGCUUCACAGCAGCAGCAGCAGAGGCCCGUUCUCAAGCCCUGUAACCAUGAAACCCAGAAGACACCUUUGCAAAGGUCACGGUCUCGGCAGAAUAUCAAUUUCAACUCGACAAGAGCGCCCAUCGCCAAGGAUCUUAAUUACGAGCCUGAUCCUCAUUCAUCUGCUGCCCGCAGCAAAGCACCCGUGAGACACGAGAACCACAGCGGAGCCAGCAGAGAGGCGGAGAGGGAUAGGGAGAGAGAGAAGGAGAGAGAGAGGGAGAGGGAAAGAGAGAGGGAAAGAGAGAGAGAAGGGGAAGGACAGCCAGCCAUCUGCCCUUCCAAUGGAGAGAGUGAUGUAGAAACACUGCUGGCCAGGUUGAGAGCCCUGUAGUCUGUACUGUCCUCUGUCUGUACUGCCUUCUGUCUGUACUGCCUUCUGUCUGUACUGCCCUCUGUCUGUACUGCCCUCUGUCUGUACUGCCCUCUGUCUGUACUGCCUUCUAUCUGUACUGACCUCUGUCUGUACUGCCCUCUGUCUGUACUGCCCUCUGUCUGUACUGCCCUCUGUCUGUACUACCCUCUGUCUGUACUUCCCUCUGUCUGUACUGACAUCUGUCUUUACCGACCUCUCCCAACAUGUCCUCUUUCUCCCUGGUCUGUUGCUGUGGUCUGUCCUUUCUUCUGUGUUGUCCUAUAGUUUGUGCAGUACUCUUUUCUGUAGUUGGCGCUCUCUCAUUGUCUCAGAGGGCCCGGGUCACACACCCUCCAGGAUAACCUUCCUGAAGUCUGUGGACUCAUCACAACAGAGUGCAGAGUCACCAUUUCUAAUGAACAGAAGUCUAACAAUUAACCUUUCCUUCCAGAUUCUUUGACCUUUCUCAGUGAGACAGGCAUUUUGUUCUGGAACAUCUGAGCGAUACUCUGCAAGAUUUUUAUUUUCAGCAAAUCCUGCCACUUUUCCCUUCAGAGGAUGUAACGAUUAUGGCCUUUGCCAAUGAUCCUAAACUGACAUUUAAAAUGAGUUUGUAGAGAAUUUCAAUAAAACCCACAGUUUAACUAAGUCUUAAAUCAGCUGCACUUAAGUUUAAGCAAGUAAACAUGGAAGACAUAAUAUUUAGUCAUUUUCAAACUUCAUUUACACACGUCGUUGCACAAGACAAACAGUCUAGCUCAACCGCCACAGAGCUUCACCCUGAUUAUGAGCAAGAUAUUACUGAUUUCAUAUGCACUUUCUCCAUUUCUGCUUGUUUUGCUAGGGCAUUUGGGACUCUUACUUAACGAAUUGUGUCUAAAUAUUUAAAUAACUGUAUUUACCUAUAUACACAUUAACUAAUGGGAAUAGUGUCGUCAAUGUACAACCCGUCUAUUUUGUGUUUUGGUAAAAACCACAAAUAGUACUUUUGUGAUGACCAGCUCUUUCAAUAACACAUCAAGCCAACACAGUACAGUAGCUUCAAACUGCACUCUGUCAUGGAAGAAUUAUAUAGUUAAACUUGUAUAUACAUUUUUAUUGUAUAAGUAAAGCUUAAUAUACGUUUAUCUAAACACCCGCAUAUGUAUAUGAACACGUGAAAUAUGCACAUACACAUGGCUAUGCAAUGUUUUUUGGUAUUCUCUAUGCAAAUGUAAUUCUUUUAGAUCAUUUGAGAACUGGUGUUUUCUGUAUUAGUGUAUUUUAGAGAACUUUGCUUCUUCCUUUUAUACAGUACUUUAUAUAAGAUAUACUUUAAUUCCCUUGUCUUGUGGCUCUCAGUUAAUCAAGGGCUUAUGGGUCUUCUUGCCAAUGGUAAAACUGCUGAAUACAAGUCAUGGUCUACAUCCGGUUGAAACAAAAGGUGAUUAAUGGUGUCUUGGGAAGGACUGCUUGCUGUAAACCAGGCUGGUUCACUGAGUCACUUUCACAUUAUCGCAGUGUGAUUGGACAUGUUAUUACAUUAACAAGAUCCAUCUGGUAAAUUGUAAGCAUUUCCCUGUUGUUUUAGAAUAAAUGUUUUUUUUUUUUGGUUUUUUUUUCUUGUUUUUUUUUAAAUAUGUUGUUUUGUUGAAUUUGAUUGAGACACCAAGGGGAUUUUCAGUUAAUUGUCAUAAUCUUCUCUUGAGCACCGCAAAUGCGAUUAUCUAUUCAGAAAGUGCAAUAAUUAGACUUAAAAUCGAGCAAGACAACAGAAUCUAUUUCUGAGGUUUUUUUUUUUCCCUUCUUCUUUGACUUGGCUAAUUCAAUAGUGUUCUGUUUCUCCUGCAGAACACCAUCAGAGUUAAUUAGGGGAUAGUGUUCUGAAUGAAAGGGCUUCUUUUGUAGUGUCAUUUAUACAAUAAAAAAGCAAACCUCUGUGA